AUGCGGCAUUUAUAUCCUAGCAUCGGUGCACCGCCCUUUCGUUCUCGAACGAAGGGUCUUCGUCAGAUCCUAGCGAACCUGUUCAGCGGUAAUCUCAGCAACGUCGAUAGUUCGGCUGUACAGAUAUCCACCGCCCCUAAUGACCACCCCCAGAGACAGAAAGCCCAUAACCCGGUACAAAUCAGGGCCAUUGCAGCGGGCCUAAGACGCUGCAGUGUUGGUGCAGAUACGACACUAGAUCUCUCGGCCUAUCGGACGGCUAAUGAUGGCCUUCCUGAAAAUAGGAGUUGUUCCUUUGUGUCUGUCGACGACUCAUAUGGUUACGGAGCCAACGGCCUCAGGAGGCGCGGCCGCCAGACCUACACAAGGUACCAGACGCUGGAGCUUGAGAAGGAGUUCCACACCAACCACUACCUCACCAGGCGGAGGAGGAUAGAGAUGGCCCACGCCCUCUGCCUCACGGAGAGGCAGAUCAAGAUCUGGUUCCAGAACCGGAGGAUGAAGCUGAAGAAGGAGAUCCAGGCCAUCAAGGAGCUCAACGAACAGGAGAAGCAGGCCCAGGCACAGAAGGCGGCGGCUGCGGCAGCACUCGCCGCGCAGCAGCAGGAUCACUAG